AUGGGCCUUCGGUCUAGACGAGCGCGGUCCAACAUCCGCCGAGUACUUGACCGCAACGAGGACCGAAUACGCGAACACCGCCGUCGCGUGCUGGCCGGGUACUACAACCAGGACUCGAGGCGCGAAACAACCUCGGCAGGCACCAUCCCGGCCCCCCCUGCUACAACUGACAACACUGGAACGAGGUCCGGUUCCGAACAUGGCCACCGUGCGCUGCGCGACGCGAGUAGGCGCCUGGGUCUCCUUGAUGACCGCGCCGUAACCAUGUUUGGCGAACGAUGGGCGCAUCUGCACGUCGACUCGAACCCGAACCCGAGCCCGCUGCGCGACGAUAGUAAUGAUCCGGAAUCUAUUCUGAACAUGGCGGUCGAUGUCGAGUUUAUGAAUCGUCACAACCGCGGCAGCCAGCUACGCCUUGAGCCGACGUAUGCACUGUCCAACAUCAGGUCUACACAAACCCUAGGUCCGCUCGUAAGCAUAACUUAUCCGCCACCCGCAUUGCCUGGAUCUGACAUGGCGCAGUCUCGAAACACGUCAAGGCCUCAAUCGACCGUCUGGUCCCGCAUGCGUAGGCAAAGGAGCGCCCUGAGGGACGAUUUACCCUUGGGUCCGGCCCCAGCUGGACCUGACGCCUGGAUGUUCGACACAGACGGCUUGGGCGAUCGCAACAGGAGCCUUAGCCCGGAGGGUGACAAUGGCUGGGCCACGCUACAAACCACCCUGACUCCGGACCCGCAGCCACCCAGUGUUGGAUCUUCGUUUGCCUCCGCUUCCGCCGCUGCUACACAGAGCACGGCCGCUGCCUCGUCUCGGACCUCCUUCACCACGUUGGAUAGGGCGGACGAUCUAGAGUUGUCGUUCGAGCCUCCGUGCGAGUCCGGGUGUGAUAAUUCCGACACAGAGGGCGACGAGGAAGACGAGAUGGGUCAAAUCCCUUAUAUCCCUGGUUCCUCCUUUCGCCGCAGAAACGUCGAUGACGACCCGGUGGAGCUUUUUGGAGGCAUCGGAGGGAUGCAGAGGAUAGUGCGGAAUCUGGCCCUGCGGGAGGACAUUCCGGACGAGUGGUGGGCGGACGCUGGCCUCAGUCGGACAUUAUCUCGGGAGACUUCGGGCAACUGA